AUUAAUUAUUUUGCUACUAUAUCUCUAGAGAGCUAUAGCAUGUUUAGUUAAUUCAUAACAACAAAGCAAUCUCUCUACCACCAAAUACGAUGGCUGGGCACUGGAUUGUGGAACACCUCAAAAUACAGACGCUAACGACGGCCCUCUUUGCCAACGGCAAUAUGCAGGUGCCCGUAUACGUCUCCAUUAAAGCGAGUCUCAACGAUGAGCUUUACCGUCUCAGCCAAGAUGACCUUUGUCUCAUUCAACUGGUUGAUUUCUACAAUGCGGAGAACAGGCUCUCUGGUUCCUGGAGCUACAGUACUGUAGAGAAUGAGUUCUCCCACAGGCUGGAUGGACCCGCCCCAACUGGUUCCGUCGAAAUCAGCCCUGACUCACAGUCCAUAUGCUUUUGGGUCUCCACGACCAGAGUGGAAGAUAGGACGAUUGCCGCAGGCAUUACACAACCAGACGAUUCUUACAUUACAACAAACGGGGGUAACUUCUAUUCUCAAGUGACUCUCAGCGGAGUCUCACCCGUCGUGUAUACCACGGCCCAAAAUAUUCAGAUCAAUCGAGAAAAAAUAGAAAGAGGGACUUGGGGUAACAAGACCUUUUUGUGGAGAUGGGGAGGGGAAAAUUGCUAUAUCUCAUCAGCCACUGCUAUGCCGUUUAUAAAGGCCGAGAUGUUCGAUUAUGAUCAUGAUGGCAAUCAAAAUGGGCAGCAGGAUUAUGUCCGAUUGGCUAACAGCUACGCCUUCUUCUUCGGUGUUGACAGCAGCAUCCGUAUAUUUUAUAUGUGGAAUACCGGCUCCUCAAGUAUUAAAGAAGUAGGCAUAAAUACCGACCACUCUUUCUGGGGAACAUGGAAAAUGCAGGCGAAGGGCGAAGUUCGUGUCAAUCAGAGACUUCACAGCAUGUGUCUGACCUGCGUGUGGUUUAAGAGUGAUGGUUGGCUCACAGGAAAGGACUGGUAUAACAGGGGCCGGAUUCGCCUUUAUGAUACUCACGGCAACGUUGGAAAUUUUUGGGCUGACCAUUCUUCAGAUAGACAUCGCGUUGCAAUCAACGACCAGGUGUGACGGGUGCUAAACGGCAUUGAAAGUCAGGCAGGGAUAAUUAUUAGACAUGAUUUGACCAUUCUCUUUCAUAGGUAGUUGUACCUAUCUUUAAAUAUAUGAAAUGCUUAGCAGUGCAA